AUGCCAUAUUCUUUAGCAUGGAGUCAAGGAAGUGGUAAUGCACAGAGUUAUGGUAUGGCUAUCUCGCACAUCGAAGACAGUCAGAAGACGUUUGGCUCUGCAGAGACAGACAUUCCGAACUCUCCAGACCAAUAUUAUAUCAAUCCGCUAGGCAUCCAAUCGCUGAUCUUGUCAGCUGCGGAAUUCGGCACCAGUACUGUCCUCACCACGGACUCGCUUUUGGUCUUGUCUGCGAAUGUUCACCUCCAAGCAUCGAAUGGCUCGUCUUCGAUACUCACCAUGCCACUCGUCCAGGGCAUGGCAUUUGUCACCGGCCAGUACGUCAAUCUACAGCCAAAUAUACAGAGCAGCGUCUUCUUCGGAAGUGUCACGGAGUCUGCGCAACCCAAAUCUGGUGUGUUCAAGUACAAGAUCACCCUGCUGGACGGUCAUGUCUGGCUGUUGUAUGCCAUGCCCACCAGCGGUAUUGAUCCAAACUUUCAACUCGUCUCCAGCACAUUGCUUCAAGGAUCCGCCAAUUGGUAUGGUGACAUCCAAAUUGCGAAACUACCAGACGAUAGUAUGGAGUAUCUCUACGACGACGCUGCUGGUACAUAUCCGACGUCCGGUACUGUUGCUGGAUAUGCUGAGGACAGCAAAGCUCAGUACAGCCUAUCGUGGACCAAAGGUGGCGCUUACAAAAGCAACUCUACACUGCUCAUGUUUGCCUUACCUCAUCAUCUUGACUCGUUCGAGUCCGACACCGCAGCCAGUGUCACAAACCUGACCCUAGCUACAACAACCAGUGGAAAUUCUACUGCAGUUAUUGCCGACUACUGGGUAAUGGAAGAGAACGAACUUCCUACAUCGCUCGGAUUCGCCCCUUGGAGACCUGCAAAUUCUUCCGACUCUACUGUUAACCUCACAUCAGAGGCAAUUGCCGCAAUCCAAAAUGUCUCUGCCACGGAAGCUUCUCAAAACAUGUCUGCUCAGACGAACCUCAACAGCAUGUACUACAGUGGCAAGGCCCUCAGCAAAUUCGCGCAGUUGGUCUACACAAUGCACGAUUUGGCCGACCAGCCGGAUCUUGCAAAGACUGCGCUACUCGAACUUGAGAGCUGUUUUGAAGUGUUCUCCAACAAUUCGAACAUAUACCCUUUGCUCUACGACACUGACUGGAAAGGAAUCGUGUCCUCAGCAAGCUAUGUUACCGGUGACUCGGGCGACGACUUCGGCAACUCCUACUACAAUGACCAUCAUUUCCAUUAUGGCUAUUUCCUUCACGCUGCUGCUGUCAUCGGCUACCUUGAUCCUACGUGGCUCACCAACAACAAAGACUAUGUCAAUGCACUAGCUCGCGAUGUGUCGAACCCGAGCUCGCUGGACCAGUACUUUCCAGUCUUUAGGUCUUUCGAUUGGUACCACGGUCACUCAUGGGCCAAAGGGCUUUUCUCCUCAGGCGAUGGCAAGGAUGAGGAGUCGUCUUCCGAAGAUGCCAUGUUUGCCUAUGGUCUGAAGAUGUGGGGUCAAACCAUUGGUGACGCUUCGAUGGAGGCUCGGGGUAAUCUGAUGUUGUCUGUCCUGGCACGCAGUCUUCAAAGUUACUUCCUCAUGACAUCGGACAAUACCAAUCAACCUGCAGAGUUUAUCGGCAACAAAGUCACAGGCAUCUUGUUUGAGAACAAGGCUGAUCACACGACAUACUUUGGUACUGAUCUGAGUUACAUUCAAGGCAUCCACAUGAUUCCGGUCAUGCCAUUCUCAACGUUGACAAGAACGCAGCAAUUUGUGGCGGAAGAAUGGACGACGUACUUUGCAGAUGGCGCGGUAAGGGAUGCGACGAACAUCACAGAUGGAUGGAAAGGUAUUGUAUAUGCGAACUUUGCGAACAUUAACCCUACAGCAGCAUACGACUUCUUCACACAAGACGACUUCGAUAUGAGCUGGAUCGAUGGUGGUGCUUCUCUGACAUGGUACAUUGCACUGAGUGCCGUGCUGGGUGGAGCUCCAUCAUGA